AUGCAUAAUUAUCCAUCGUUGAAACGGACUACUGCCAUCCUUAUUUUAUUACUGGCUUUAAUGGUAUGGAGCGAUAAUGUGCAAUGUUGCCCAACUCUAUGCCAAUGUCAGAGAAAAGCAGUCAGUUGCCGAGGUGCUGGAUUGACUGUCAUACCUAGAAGUAUUCCGCAAGAUAUUGAACGAUUGGAUUUCAGUAAUAACAGCUUAACUUCAAUCACAAUCACCGAUUUUAUGGCUUUUAAUAGAUUGAAGACAUUGAAUUUAUCAUCCAAUGCUAUAAAAGAAAUACAACCGGGCAGCUUUGAUAAAUUGAUCGUCUUGGAAAAACUAUUACUUGCUGGUAAUAAACUGCAUGAAAUUCAAGACAAAGUAUUCAACAAAUUAAAAUCACUCAAGCGCUUGGACUUGGUGAAUAAUCAAAUAUUGGAUCUGGCUCCUAAUAGCUUUAGCGGUUUAUCCAAAUUGAAAUCUUUGCGCCUUGAUCACAACUUUAUUGAUUGUGUACCAGCUACAAGCUUAUCUGGCUUAAAGUCAUUAUUAAUCUUGCAUUUAAAAGUUAACCCUCUAAGUUGUAAUUGUCAUCUAAAUUGGCUGGCUGAUUUAAAAAAUUCUCAACCCAAAUUGCGAGUAUUUGGCAAAUGCCGAACUAAAUUAGCUAUUAAUGGAAAGAAAACGUUCCCUCUUGGCAAGAACUUUACGUGCACUGAAAGCGAACGUCACAUGAAUUUGACAUGUUCCUAUAUUCCAGCCUGCCCACAAAAAUGCACGUGCAUAGGCACGAUUGUAGACUGCUCCAGGAAAAAGUUGACGGAAAUUCCUCAUCACCUUCCAAUGGAAACUACUGACUUGCGUAUAUCUGGAAAUAGAAUAAGUUCAAUCAAGUCAUUUAGUUUAAGAAAUCUUAAAAAGCUAGCAAAGAUCGAUCUGAGCACUAAUUUGAUUGAAGAUAUACAUCCUGAAGCAUUUAAACACACCCCAUCGCUGGAACAGUUAUUAUUAUUCAAUAACAAACUUAAACACCUACCCACGAAAGUUUUCAAUGGUUUAUUUGAUCUACGGGAUCUAAUUCUUGAUGGCAAUUAUAUUAGCUGUAUCGAUAAGGAAACGUUUCAGGAUCAACAGAAACUAAAAAUCUUAUCAAUUUCUCGUAAUAAAUUAUCCUCCUUAGUUUAUGAAACUAUAGAUCCUUCCAAGCGUUUAUUAAAUAUACAAUCUAUAUUGUUAUCGGAAAAUCCCUUUAUAUGUGAUUGCAAUUUACAAUGGCUAAACCACCAAUUAAUUCACAACUCGACGAUGCGGCAAUUAAUUCGUGGUACACUUAUAUGCAAUGCGCCUAGGCGAAUGGUAGGGAAUGAAAUUGGUUUAACGAGCUCAUCUCAAUUCAUGUGCAAAGGUUCGGAGGGUCUAAGAACGAGCAAGGCAGGUAGCCAAAAUUGUUUUAUCGACUGGCCUUGCCCUAAUAGUUGCACCUGCUCUGGCAGUAAAGUUACAUGUAAAGGCAAGAAAUUUACUGAAAUUCCUGACAAAAUUCCACGUUUAACAACAGAACUACGACUUGACAACAACGAGAUUAGCGAAAUAACAGCAGGGAAAUUAGAUGAAUUAAAAUAUUUGGAAUUUCUGAGUGUUAGCAAAAAUAAAGUAACCAAGAUCGCUGAUGGUGUCUUUAAAGAUCUUCAGAACUUGAAGCACUUGUUUCUAACUCGCAAUAAAAUCAAAUGCUUAAACGAAGAUACAUUUCAAUACUUGCCUAAUUUACAAUAUUUAUUUUUACCAGAGAAUCAGAUUGUUAACAUUGAAGAAGGAACAUUUAGUUACUUCAAAUCUCUAAAUGUCCUACGCCUUGCCGAAAAUCCUUUGGUGUGUGAUUGCUAUCUUAAAUGGCUAGCUGAAUGGCUAAGGAAGCAAAAUGUGAAAGCAGAUAGUGUACAAUGUUUCAAGCCAGACAACUUUCAUGGUUAUGAAAUUGAUAAUAUGAAAGCUUCAUCAUUUCAAUGCUUAGGAAAAAGAAAAGAUCGAUGCGAAGCAGUAAAUCACUGCCCCGACGGAUGCAGUUGCUACGGAACGGAAGUUGAUUGUAAUCGCCGCGGAUUAACCACUGUUCCAUCAUUAAUUCCAACGGAUACUACACAACUGGACUUAAGUCACAAUAAUAUAACUGUCAUCCCAGAUUUUGCCUUUAAAAAUUUAGCUCGACUGCAAUAUUUGUUUUUAUUUAACAAUCAAAUUACAACUAUUAAGGAGAAUAUUUUCGAUGAUCUUGUAUCAUUAGUUAAGAUCUCCUUAGAAGAUAACUCAUUAUAUUGCGAUUGUAACAUAACAUGGUUGCGGGAGUAUCUACUACAGAAAAAUGUUGUCUCUUCGGGAGUUAAAUGUAAAGGUCCAUUAAAAUUACGAAACCAGUUUCUUAAAAGGUUAAAUGAAGGACAACUCGUAUGCAAUGAAGAUAGUACAGCAGUACAACAUACUUGCAAUCCUUGCUUGGCAAAGCCUUGUGCCAAUAAUGGGGUAUGCUUUAAUCAAGGCAAUGGCCGAUAUAGAUGUAAAUGUCCAAAGGGUUACAAAGGUACUCAGUGUGAACAAAAAAUCGUAACUUGUAGUCGUGCAAUAAAUUGCGGACCAAAUACGGAUUAUUGCUUUGAAGAUGCAGAUCGAUUUCAGUAUUGUAAAUGUUUAAAAGGAUUUAUUGGAGACCGAUGUGAUACCAAGGAUAAGUGCUACUCUAAUCCUUGCCAGAAUAAUGGCAAAUGUACCUAUAUACAUAGUGAUUUUUUAUGUCGUUGUGAAGCUGGUUUUACGGGCAGUUUAUGUCAAACGAAGCUUGAAUCAUGUCAUGGCUACUGUAAAAAUGGUGGUUCAUGCCAGUAUAAUUUUAAAGGCGAUCGCUUUUGUAAUUGUUUUGCGGACUUUACUGGCCCCAUUUGCCAACAUAGUAUUCAAGAUUAUUGUUCAUUAGCUGAUCGACCAUGUGCAAAUGGUGGUGUUUGUACCAAUAAUCUAAAGGCGCAAAACUAUACAUGUUCUUGUCCUUAUGGAUUUACUGGACCACGCUGUGAACUCAUCGAUGAAAGAUGUAUUGGCAAUAACUGUACUAAUGGAGCUACAUGUACAUCAUCAACUGUUAAUACCGGUUAUUUAUGUCUUUGUCCGUAUGGUUUUGCCGGAAAAUACUGUGAUAUCUGUGUCAAAUGCCAAAAUGGAGGUAAAUGUGUUACGAAUGAAACUGGUAGCCAUCUUUGCGUAUGUCCUGAUGGCUUUACAGGAGAUGAAUGCCAAAAUAUUCAUAAAGUUAGUUUUAUAUCAACGAACUCUUAUAUUAAGAUGCCUGGACCUAGUAUUGAUGAGGUAUUAACAUCCGCUUCAACGAUCAGUUUAAGCAUGAAAUUUUCAACGUACACAAGUAGUGGUUUGGUAGCAUAUGAUGGUGGUAUGGAUGAUUUUAUUUCUGUCGAGGUUGUUAACGGUAAAAUCGUUGUUACAAGUACACUAUGGGGCUAUCCAACACGAAUUCAAUCAGAGCAAUCAGUUAAUGACGGCGUAAAGCAUUCUUUGACAAUAUCCAUUGCUAGGAAACAACUUACAGCAGUAAUUGAUAAUAUUUAUAUGUAUACGACUGAGUUAUUUCCUAGCAAAGCGGAAAUUGAUUUUGCCUCUGGAUUUUUCUUGGGUGGAAUACCUGUUGGAUUAAAACACUUAGCCGGAACACAAAAUCAAAUUUUGUCUGGUUAUGGUUUUGUCGGUUGUAUUAAUGACGUUGUUAUUAAUAACACGAUGCAAUAUUUCCACCUGAAUAGAAAUUUAAAAGAAAAUCGAGAUAUUAUGAUUGGCUGCACGAUUAGGAAUACCCCUUUUACAUCUUCAUAUGAUCCAUGCGUGGAUAAUCCGUGUCCCAAAGAGUCAUAUUGUGUAAAAUUUGAAGGCUCAGGAAAUAUAACACGUACAUGUUUAGAAAAUUGCUAUCGAAAAACUGGUGUAGGUCACGUCUAUCUGGAUGGAUGUGUUAGUACGAAAAAAGUAAGAUAUAGUACAUGUAUGUCACAAAAUGAAAGUCCUUCCCAAUCCUGCUUUAGCGAUGCAGCUAUCGAUCCAAAACCAGUAUUUUAUCGUUGUGGUACCCGCAGUGACGUAAAAUUAAAAGUUGCCGCAAAAGCUCAGCUGUGUAACUGUAAAACAUGUAACAUACGCGAAUAA